AUGGCUUUAGAAGAAGAAGAAGAGAGCCAAAACGCACCGUAUUGUAUACUCGAUGGUCUUAUCUGUGAGGAAGAGAGUAGUGGGUUUGAGGAAGAAGUAGAUUUAAUUGAGAAAUCUGAUUCUAAUGUCGUAAAGUUUUCGUUUUUCCAUCUGGGUAUUACCGAUCAGGACAUGUUUUAUGAUGACGAUGAGUUAUUGAGUCUGAUUUCGAAAGAGGAAGAGUUAAAGCCUUGUCUUUGCGACGGAAUCUUAGAUGAGUUUCUGAUUCUGUGUCGGGAAAAGGCUCUUGAUUGGAUCUUUAGAGUGAAAUCUCAUUAUGGGUUUAAUUCCUUGACGGCUCUUCUUGCUGUUAAUUACUUCGAUAGGUUUAUUACAAGCAGGAAGUUUCAGACAGAUAAGCCAUGGAUGUCUCAGCUUACUGCUGUGGCUUGUUUGUCUUUAGCUGCUAAAGUUGAAGAGAUCCGAGUUCCAUUGCUCUUAGAUUUCCAAGUGGAAGAGGCAAGAUAUGUCUUUGAGGCUAAAACCAUACAGAGAAUGGAGCUUCUGAUUCUUUCUACUCUUCAAUGGAGGAUGCAUCCUGUGACUCCAAUCUCGUUUUUCGAUCAUUUUAUCCGACGAUUCAGCUCUAAAUCUCAUCAGCAAUUUGAGUUCUUGAGAAGAUGUGAAUCUCUGUUGCUCUCCAUUGUCCCUGAUUCGAGGUUUAUGAGUUAUAGCUCUUCUGUGUUAGCCACUGCAAUAAUGGUCUCUGUGAUUAGAGAUUUCAAGACGUGUGACGAAGCUGAAUACGAAUCUCAGCUCAUGACUCUACUCAAAGUGAAUAAGGAGAAAGUAAAUAAAUGCUAUGAGUUAGUGUUAGAUCACAUGCCAAGCAAGAAAAGGAUGAUGAAUUGGAUGCAACCCGCUAGUCCGAUUGGUGUAUUCGAUGCAUCAUUCAGCUCUGAUAGCUCGAAUGAGUCGUGGGUUGUGUCUGCUUCUGCUUCAGUGUCUUCAUCAUCGUUGUCUCCAGAGCCUUUGUUCAAGAGGAUAAGAGUGCAAGAGCAGCAGAUGAGGUUAUCUUCAAUAAACAGAAUGUUUCUCGAUGUGUUUAGUAGUAGUCCUCACUAG